AAAAAAUUUAAUGGGUACUUACCUCGCGUGCCAUCGUCGACUACCGUCAGUCGUGUAUUGAUUUUCCCGGCGUUCAGACGUACGCCGUGUGCCCUCCGCGUCAACCAGUUGUGUGCAUAGAGACAAGAGUAAAACAACAAACAUUUCGGUGAUUAACCAACAAACCAAAUAAAACGGAGUGCACAUGAAUAGCUUAAAAUUAUACCAAAAAACCACAUCAACAUAAGGCACGGCUCAAGUUCCUCCCGAGUGGAAGUCAAACAGUAGUAGUAGUAGCAGUAGUAAUAAUAAUUCAUGUGAUCGAUUCAAGGCCAAAGGAUUCCGGAUUACUGAAAGUUUUGUGCUACUACAGAUCGACUGACAGCGAAACACAGUGAUUGCAACGUAGCAAAUAGUGUGAACCUAAACGACUCAGUUGUAUUAUCAAGUUAUUGAAAAUAGUGUACCUUAGUACUAAUAAUACUAGUAACAUAAACAAGACACAAGUCAGUAUCGUUAGCCAUUUAGUGUGUUAGUUAAGGUGCGCGAACUACGAACGGGCAAUCGGUUGGUCUGUAGGUCAGCAUCACCGAACCAAGCGAACACCCGGCAAAUUGAACGUUUCUUAAACCCGUUGAUCAAAGCAGGCAAUGGCAUUGUCAUUGCUGCAGGAAGCCCAAACAGCACGAGGAUUAGCCGCCAUCCGUUCCCUGCAAGGUAUGAAACGCGAAGACGAUCGCAGUAUGUCCGUGUCACCCCCGUUGACCGGUCAGCACCAUCACCAUCACCACCAGCAACACCACCUAAACAUGAACGUAAAUCACAGUCCAACCAUAUUCGGUGGUUACCACCCGACGGCCUCUGCCAUGGGAAUGCUAGCCCCACAACUACUAGCAAAUCAAACUGCCGCAGCCCUGAUGGCCGCCGGUCUACCGAUGUCUCUGCGAGCGACCUUGGCUACUGGUUUGUUCCCACCGCAUCCGGCUCUGUUUGGAGCCUGGGCACCACCGACACCUAACAGCAAUAACAGUAGCCCGCCGCCGCCCCAAAGUCCUAUCUCGCCAGCCCUGAGUCAAAAGAGUUCCAAAUCACUUAAACUUACUGCCAAUAACAAUCACAUUGUAUCGACCACUUCGGAGAUCCUACCUCAGCAGAAGAAACUAGCUAAACGAAAACAACUUUCGCUUAAGCCGGAGUCCGCUCUGCUUCAGAUGCCCAACCACACUAUGCCCGUUGACAUCCCAAAUCUGGACAUGGUCAGUCCAGGUCCUAUUUCCCCACCUACUUCCGGAUCAUCACCGCAAUCCAACGGAAGUGUUGAAAUGCCACCCACCAUCACUACCUCCACUAGGGAUCCCUCUCGAGAUAAAGUUUUCACCUGCAAAAUCUGUAAUCGCUCGUUCGGUUACAAACACGUUCUCCAAAACCACGAACGAACUCACACCGGUGAGAAACCUUUUGAAUGUCCCGAGUGCCAUAAGCGGUUCACCCGGGAUCAUCACCUGAAAACUCAUAUGCGGCUUCACACCGGGGAAAAGCCAUACUCCUGUACCCACUGCGAUCGCCAGUUCGUUCAAGUAGCUAACCUCCGACGGCACUUACGGGUUCACACCGGUGAAAAACCAUACGAAUGUGAAAUGUGUGAACAGAAGUUCAGCGAUUCUAAUCAACUCAAAGCUCACAUGCUCAGCCAUAGUGGCCAACGACCGUUCCACUGUGAUAGAUGCAAUUCUAGCUACCGCCGGCGGCACCACCUUUUGCAUCACAAAUGUGGUAUCACCAGCCCACCAACACCGGCUAUCAGCCCUUCAAUGUCACUGUGUGAUCAGAAAUCCGGGUGCUCCGAGGUGUCUGACCUCUCGAUGGAACUCAAACACUCCGUAUUGUUGCAUCCCAAAUUCACCAACUUGGCAAUGCCACUCGACUUCAGCUCACCGGAUGUCCGCACCCAACACCACCAUUCUGCGGCAAUCGAUCUGCGAUCAGUAGUACGAACGCCUCAGCAAAUAACCCACAUCAAAUCCGCCAUGCCCGAACAGACCGAACCGGAAGACCUCAGUAUGCAUUCUCCCCGCUCACCGGUUACCCUGGAGGAACUGGAAGAACUGGAUGAUGCGGCCUCGCUGUACCUGAAGCAGCGUCAGCAGAAAUUGGCUUACGCUGCCGUCGCUGCGGCUGCCGCUGCUACCAACACCGGCGCUCAACGUCACGGUAUGGAAACUUAAGCUCUUUUAAAUAUAGAACAAAAUGGCUGGUCUGUUUUCUGUACUGUUCUGUUCUUUCCUUUGCUAUGGAAACACAAACCGCCAAAACCUACAAAUAUUGUCAACGGAUACCAAAUAAUUGAAGAAUGCCAAGAGAAAAAGUAGCUUAGAUAAGUGAAGACGCCAUAUAUAUGAAACAUAUAUUUAAAACAAAGAAAAUCUAUGUAUUAAUAAUCUUCGAUAAAAAUUCUAUAGCAUCUCGUAGUAAUUGUCUACUUGAAAAAAAACAAAUGAUAUUCAAUCAGGAGAGCGUCUACUGCAACUCCGCCAUUUUGUUCACCGAUACCUAACUUGUAAAUAAAAACUAUGCGCAAUGUACGUGCACUGUACAUAGCAUAUACAUCAAUAUAUACAUAUUUGAAGAUGCAACAGAUGCGUGUCUAUAUACUGUAAAACAGAGAUCAAAAUGGCGGUAGGCUGCACAAUGUUCCCAGAUAUCUAUACCAAAACGAAAACAACAUCGCAAACAACGUGUACAAAAAACGGGUUCUUACUAAUCAAAUCAGGGAAUUUUAUCACCUUUUUAACACAUAUUCUAUAGCAACCACCUUCUUCUACAAUCAAAACAAAGUAUUGUGUGAAAUAUCGAAAAACCCUAUUUGGGAUCAUUUUGUUUUCAAAAAUCUUGUUAUUUAAUUUGAAUUUGUUUCCAAAGCGGACAAACGAGUUAUAGUAAUGGUAUGCAAGUUCCUCCCCAAAUAGAAGCAAACAAACAAAACUAAGAAACUCACACACUAAAAACAUUCAUCCAAGGAUACACACAAAGUGUCCAAAAUAGAAUGGUUUGAGGUAGAGAUCUGACCAGAGAAUUGAUUGCAUUUAUUGCAAGCGGUAGUAAAAAUUGAUUGUUAUAUUUUUUGCUUUCGCGUAUUGUUUUAGUAUGUUAAGCUCGGUUUAGAGGUUUUUGGUUGAUUACUUUAAAAAUAUUACGUGGUCUGAUUUUAUCCGAUAGAAUCUCAUGAUUUCAUUCUAGUUUUUUAAUAAUUGUAAGUGUAAAGCAGCGAAAAAUCAAAAUU